GGCAAUUUCGUCGGAGAGUGAGAGCCGUGUGGAAGGGAGUCGGUGGCAACACUGAGUUCGUACCUGUUUGUCCGUAUUGACUUGUUAGUUUAGUUGUAUGUACUCCUUGGAUCUCGUAUUGGUGGUUCGUUCCCAACCACGGCCGACGGCAUUUAAGACGUAUAGUUAUGCGUUUACUCAUUAAUAUAAUAUCGAUAUAAAUCUCGGUCUCGUCCGUUGGGUUUUCGAUUUAGUUCAAAUGUGAAGCUGUUGGUGAUCGUGGAUAAAAAAUAGUAACUAGAAUAUUUGGCUAAAUAGGUAGGAUGUACGCGAAAGGUAAAGGUUCGUCGGUGCCGUCAAACGCACAGGCGAGGGAGAAGCUGGCCCUUUACGUCUACGAGUAUCUCCUUCAUGUGGGAGCGCAGAAAGCGGCUCAGACGUUCCUCUCCGAAAUCAGGUGGGAGAAAAAUAUAACUUUAGGCGAACCUCCGGGGUUUCUGCAUUCGUGGUGGUGCGUCUUUUGGGACUUGUACUGUGCCGCGCCGGAACGGAGAGACAGUUGCGAGCAUUCGAGUGAGGCGAAGGCGUUCCACGAUUACGGUUUCGUCAAUUCGGGCUAUGGGGUGAACGGUAUAGCGCACAAUCCGGGCCCGGCCCCGAUCCCGUUGGGCCAGAUGCCUCCGAGCGACGGUAUCCCGGGAGGUCCCAUGCCUCCGGGCUUCUUCCCCAAUUCGACGAUGCGUCCUUCGCCGCCGACGCAUCCUUCUUCGCAGCCCUCGCCCCAUCCGCAGCCUCCUCCUCCGCACAGCGAGAUGAUGGCCACACAGCCGUUCAUGGGGCCGAGGUACCCGGCCGGACCCAGGCCCGGAGUGAGGAUGCCCCAGCUGGGAUCGGAGUACAACGGCCCCCCGGGCCAGCCGAUGAUGCCCAACAGCAUGGAUCCGAGCAGGCAAGGACCACCCGGCAUGAGCACGAUGAACCCGAGGAUGAAUCCUCCGAGGGGACCCGGCAUGGGGCCCAUGGGUCCCGGCUCGUAUGGACCCGGCUUGAGGGGUCCGCCUCCGAAUUCGAACAUGGGUCCGGGACCGGGCCCAGGAGCCCCCGGCAUGCAUCCGAUGUCGAUGAGUGGCCCUGGCGGACGGCCUCAAUGGCAACCCAACACUUCCACGCCGAUGAACUAUUCUUCUUCCUCUCCGGGUAAUUACGGAGGACCGCCCGGAUCCUCCGGUCCGCCCGGGCCGGGCACCCCUAUAAUGCAGAGCCCUCAGGAUUCGUCCAAUUCAGGCGGUGAAGGUAUGUACACGAUGAUGAAAAACGUACCUGGAGGCAACAUGCCCGGCGAUUUCUCGAUGGGAGGAGGAGGCGAGGGCGGACCGAUGGGUCCUAUGGGGCCCAAUACGAUGGGUCCUGUCAUGAGCGGAGACGGACUGGACGGGAUGAAGAAUUCUCCUGCUGGGGGACCAGGAACACCGAGGGAAGAUAGCGGAUCCGGAAUGGGUGACUACAAUCUGACAGCUUUUGGCGGCCCACCGGAGAACGAUCAGACCGAGUCGGCUGCUAUCAUGAAAAUCAAGGAAAGUAUGCAGGAAGAAGCAAAGAGGUUUGAAAAAGAUUCCGAUCAUCCAGAUUACUUUAUGCAAUAAAUUUGUUGUUUAUAUUCGACUAAUGUUAAAAUUUGCAUAAGUAUGUAUGAAGAAAUUAUAGUCGUAUAUAUAUUAUAUAUAUUAUUUAAUAUAAUAUAUAUAUUAUAAAUAUAUAAAUAUGGAAUGGUUUAUUUGAAUUUGCAUCCAAUUUGAAAUAACUUAAUUCACUAUAGUAUAUGCCACAGUAUUUCAUAUCGUUUAAUGUUUCCUUUAACUUAGAAUACUUUGAUUCUUUAAUGUUAAAUUUUCAACAAACCCUCAAUUUAUAACUAUUUUCUGAUGAGUUAUAUUUAGUUAAAGGAAAACCGAUCAAUCCAUACCACCCGGAUGUGCAAUAAUAAGAUUAUAUUAGAUACUUUAUAACUAGAUAUUUAUUAUUUUUAUUUUUUAAUCCAGAAUAUAUAAAACUGCAAAAUUGUAUAUUGUAUAAUAUCAGUAAUU